UGGAGCAGGAGAUGGAGCAGGAGAUGGAGCAGGAGAUGGAGCAGGAGAUGGAGCAGGAGAUGGAGCAGGAGAUGGAGCAGGAGAUGGAGCAGGAGAUGGAGCAGGAGAUGGAGCAGGAGAUGGAGCAGGAGAUGGAGCAGGAGAUGGAGCAGGAGAUGGAGCAGGAGAUGGAGCAGGAGAUGGAGCAGGAGAUGGAGCAGGAGAUGGAGCAGGAGAUGGAGCAGGAGAUGGAGCAGGAGAUGGAGCAGGAGAUGGAGAUGGAGAUGGAGCAGGAGAUGGAGAUGGAGAUGGAGAUGGAGAUGGAGAUGGAGGAGGAGCAGGAGAUGGAGAAGGAGGUGGAGCAGGAGAAGAUGGAGGAGGAGGAGGAGGAGGAGGAGAAGAAGGAGAAUGAGGUGCAGAUGGAGGAGGAUGGAACGGGAGAAGAUGGAGGAGACAAAAUGAAGGAGAAGAUAAAGGAGAAGAGGAAGAGGAGGACAGGAAGGACAAGAUGGAGGAAGAGGAUAAGAAGAUUAAGGAGGAGGAGAAGAGGAAGAGGAGGACAGGAAGGACAAGAUGGAGGAAGAGGAUAAGAAGAUUAAGGAGGAGGAGAAGAUGGUGGGGUGGAGACGACCAUGCAAGAGAACAUGAAGGAGAAGGAUGAGGAAGAGCAAGAGAAAAUGGAGAAGUAAAAGAAAAUAGAGGAGAUGGAGAAUGAGGAGGCAGAGGAGAUAAAAGAAUAGAUGGAGGAGGAUGAUGAGAAAAUUGAGGAGAAGGUGGAGGGGAGGAGAAGGAGACCAUGGAAGAGCACAUGAAGGAGGAGAAGGAUGAGGAAGAGCAGGAGACAAUGGAGGAGUAAAAGAACAUAGAGGAGGAAUUGGAGGAUGAGGGGACAGAGAAGAUGAAAGAGGAAGAGGAGGAAAUGGAAGAGGAGGAGGAGAAGAUGGAGAAGGGGGAGGAGCAGGAGAAGGAGCAGGAGAAGGAGCAGCAGAUGGAGCAG